AUUACUGCGAGGAAAGAUAUUAUUUUUCGAACAGAUACGAGUUUUCGCUUGUACAAGAAUCAGGACAUUUUUCAGUAACAAUAACUCUGUGCGGAAACUUGCAUCGGGGUUAAAUUAAAAAUCAACAUGGGACGUUACGACGUCUGGCAGAUUUAGAUUUGUUCGGCAUGGCAUUGAAUUUAUUUAUAUUCUGGGCACGAGAACAUUUUGAAGGAUGACCAUGUUUGGGUGUUGCACUCUACCAGUCAUCGAGGAUCAGAAACCGUUAAUAAUUGACGUCAAGAAGAUUUUAAGCGACCGUGCAUGGGCAAACUUCAUUGCACCGUUGGGAUUCUACAAAAAGUUGUACGUGAAAAAAGAAAAGUUUGAUAUUGAAGUGCCGGAGAAUUUUUUCGUGUUUGAGAAAAUUAGCCAGGGUCCAAAGAAAGAACUGAUCGGUAACAACGCAACGACAUCGAACCCACCCCCUCCAGAGAAUGAGACAGCGAAGACAGCUGAGACAGUCGACGGUCAAGUAAAGACAGCUGAGACAGUCGACGGUCAAGUUAAGACAGCUGAGACAGUAGAUGAGCCAGUUAAGACAGUUCAGCAAACUACAAAAAGCGAUGAUCUGUGGAAAUAUUCCUCUCAAAACUUAGCCAACUCAGAGAGUAUGUCGCUCAACACCAUCUUCGACAACAACACAGCCGAGAAACAACUGUACAAGUUCCGCUUUGAGAAGACGAGGCGGACAGAAAUCAACGUCACGUUUCAAAAGGGCUUCACAUUUGGGGGCAAGGCCAACUUCAGCAUCGGGGUGCCCAAGUUGUGGGGGGAGGCCAAUGUGGGGGCGGAACUGGAAAUGCAAUAUCAGAUCUCUAAAACAGAGGGUCAGACUUUUGAAGAAACCGUUCUAAUGGAGGCCACCAGCGACAUAGCUGUUGGCCCAAACAGCAAGUACACGGCCAACGUCGAACUGGAAGAAAAAUCUUUACACGUCGAGUUCGAGGUGAUCACCCGCCUGUCCAUGCCCCAAAAACAAGCACCUGUCUACAUCAAACGGAAGACGGACGGAGAGUGUGUUUUCGUUUAUUAUAUAAAUAACCUCAGAGAUAUUUUUAGACGAGUUGGCCACGUGGUGCGCAAUCCCACGGGGUGUAAGCCGUACGAGGUUUAUCUAGUUACCGAAGGUGUCAUAAAGGGCAUGAUUGCUUGCAACCACAAGAUUUUAUUAAACAGCAACGAACCAGACGAAUUGAAGAAAAAGGCUUUGAACCGCUUUGCAGUGGAUGACGAUUGAUUUCAAAAGGCGAGUUAGAAAGUUGACAUCUCGAAAACAACCUUUGUUCAAAAUAUAAAAAGACUAUUUAAUUUCACCGCGUUGACGGUACUAGAGUGUACCAAGUUACCCUAAUGCUUACUAGAAAAAAUAAACCAAUAUAAAACGUUAAGACUUUUAAAGAAACAAAUUAAUUACAUCCAAAAUUGUAAAAAGCGUUUGAAUGAGCUUUGUUACAUUAAAGUGCUUAAAUUAAAAAAUUGAUUUGGUUAAAACGAGAAUGUUUAGAAGUAUUUAAAUUUUUAAAAUAUGUAUAUUUUGGCUGUGUUUUUUAAAUGAAGUUGUAUUUAGCUAACCAACUGUGUUUGUGUUAUACAGUUUUACAGAGAGACUCUACUUGAUAUAUGUGGCAAUUAAUGUAUCUAUAGAAUGUUAAAAUUCGUUGUUGAUUAUUUUGUAUUAUUUAUGUAAUGUUCUAUGUUUUGACUUCUACCUACAUGGUUCCAGAAGUAGCCUAUUUACUUAUCAAAUGGGUAAGACC